UGCAAAUAGAGCCUGAGAGAGCUGCUGCUCGUUUUCAUGAUAUCUCAUGCUUUUGGUAUUUGAAACUAUUUGCAUCCAAGGGAUUGAAACAAAGACGUUUCUUCAUGACUUGAGCUCUAAACUCAAGUCCACAUCAUAACUAUGGUAAAGUAAAGAGCUUCCUCGGAAAACUGAAGAACCGCGGACCACCAGCUCCUCCGAGAAGGACAGAGAACAACGCAGCGUUUGAAUGGCCACAGGAUGAAUUUGAUGAUGAGGAGGGGGACAUGUAUGAAGUUCCUCCCUGUGAGCGUCAGCCUGUUAAAGUCCCACAGACACAAGUGCAGGAAAACAUUUACUUGGAGAGGACAUCUAAACCUGAAGUUCACCCCCCACCUAGACCAUCCAAACUCCUGACACCACAAAACACCGUAAAACCUCCUGAAGUAGACAGAAAUGAGAAGCCUGGAAGGAGAAAGGUGCCUGAUCCUCCAGCUCGCCAUGUUCCCGCUUCGGUUCCUGUACCCGAAGAAGAUGUUUAUCUGGAUCCAAAUCUGGAACAAGAAGACAAUGAUGACGUGUAUUUGGAGCCAGAAGCAUCCUGCCCUCCUGCCCCAACCAGAGGGCUUCCAUCACCAAAGCCUCCUCCUCCAAAACCCAUGGUGAAACCACCAGUUCCAAGAGCUGUGACUCAACCAUCGUUUUCUGCUAUUCAUGAGAUAAAGACAACUGAAGACAGACGUGCCAGCUUUCCCGGUCAAAUAAUGCUGCGAACCUAUGCUUCAAAUCCUCCGGACCCGAAGGAACCUAAACCCAUGCCUUCUAUUCCUCCAAUGGGAAGCUACAAACCUGGAGGUGGCAGUGGGAUGACUAAACUCUCUGGGAAUGAGGACAAAGAAUGGUUUGCUGGAGACUGCAGCAGACAGACAGCUGAGAGUCUCUUAAAGAGAGUCAAAAAGGAUGGCGCCUUCCUCAUUCGAUACAGCUCAGAUAAACGCUCCCACCAGCCCUACACCCUCGCUGUCCUCUACCAACAGAAAGUGUACAACAUCCCCAUUCGUUUUGUUGAAGAAUCACAAGGAUAUGCCCUCGGAAAGGAGGGCAAGACGAACGAAGAGGUGUUCAGCAGUCUUGAUGAGAUGAUUUCCUACCACAAGAAUAACCAAAUACUUCUGAUUGACAGCAAAAGCCAGGCCAAGCAUACAGCAAACCUAACACAACCUGUGCGACUUUAAAACUACACUAAUUAUGUUGUCUUUGGUUGUGAGAUAAAAGGCAAAAACUGAAAAUGUAAUUUUAUUUUUUAAAAAAAGCUUCUGUGAUUGUAAAAGAAAAGAUGUUGUUAUAUUCAUUAUGAUUCAAUGAGAAAAAUUUUACUUGGAUGGAAAAAAAAGUUUUUUUUUCUGUUAUUUCACUAUGACCUAUGCAGAUAAAAACUGUAAGUUUAAUUUUUAUGAAACAUCCAGCCUCCACAGAGUAACUCUUAAAGCCACAAUCACCCACAUUGCCAUUAUUCCCCUUCUGUUCAUUUACAUACAUUUGUUUGCCAGACUGCAUAAAACAUCAGUACAAAUCUUUUUCAGUCAUCAUCUCCCCAUCAGUUCACUUUGAGAUUUUAAUUAAAAAUGUUUUCAAACUUU